CGGUCUCCCACUGGAGAUUCCAGCCAUACCAGAGUGGCGAUAAAUAGUAUAUCCAGCUGCCUGCCCUGCUUUCAAGCGGGCUCAACGAAACACGAAUGAGCCUUCUCACCAAAGCCCUGCCGAGCGUUACUGGGGUACAAGAUGAGCUCUUCACAGGUUAGUCUGAGAGAAAAUUGAGUUCGAGGCAAGAUUCGCGCUCUCUGUAUUACCGCGCAGACCAGUGAGCUGGACUAAUCGGUAAAAAAAGCCAUUGGCCCAUUUGAGCACAAGGUUAUGAAAUGGGCGAUAUGAAUAUAGUGGCAAGACAGCAUAAACAAUGCAGAAGUCUGGAACAGAAAAUGGCAGGUAACGUUGAAAAGAACCACCAAAGACAUCGUGCGGAAGAUAAGGUGUGUGAGCAUGGUGAACAGCCUUACGAAGGGCUGGCAGCAAUGGGCUCAGGAGAACACAAGUAAGCAAUCGAAUGAACCCACAGGCUGGACGCCUGGAUGCGAAGAUGGCGAUGAUGGCGACAAUGGCGAACGGUGUUCCUUUACGAGGAAGCUGCCCGUGGACGCAGAAAACGCCGCAAAGAAAGAAUUCACAAUGCCAACGUUGAAAAACCUUCGACCCGAUUUCGUGCCCGACGCGAACACGUCCAUCAGGACUGGAGCUCGCGAAAGGGGCAAUGCACGGGGCGUGAAAGAGCAACGCAAGGAAAUGACCAGCAUGCUGAAGAGCCGCUUCGAGCCGUCGGCUGAGGAAAACCAAGGGAAGCAGCCCCCCAGCGCGGUGGACGAUAAACUUUACCUCCUGAGCGACCGCAUGUCGCCCACGCUGAGGCGGCGGUGCAAUGGCCUCGUCUCGGAGCUGUCGACGGGGUGGCGUCAGGCGGAGAAGGAGGACGGCGACGGUGGCUUGAGCUCUCUGGAGGCCGGCAGAAGCAGCAGCAUCGACGCCGGCGACGUUCUCGCCGUGGCGCGGGGGGAAGGCAGCGUCGGCGAAGCCGUCGAGGCGACGAACCACGGCGGCGGCAGCGGCGGCUCGGAAGCCCCGGCGAUCGGCAUCAAACGGUCGUCAGCGAGACCUGGCGCGGACAGAGCGACGGACGUCAGGGCAAAGGGCGGGAGGCAAAAGUCGCGCUGCAGCCGCGUGAAGGACCUCCAGAGCGGCUGGGCCAAGUGGUCCGAAGACCACAUGGAGACGCAGAAGCUGAACCCCUUCAGCGACGGCUUCGACGCGGAGCACGCCCUGGCCACGCGGCCGCAGAAGGGCGAGGAGGGGUACGGCCGCCCCAAGGAGGGGACCCUCACGGCGGAGAGGGCCAAGCGGGCCGAGCGUCACAUCCGCCGCGAGAUGGAGGACAUGUGCUUCAUCAUCAACGGCAUGGGCGUGCAGGGCCGCGACGGCAGGGUGCGCAUGCCUUUCGGGGAGCUGUUCGACCGAUACGUGCGCAUCUCCGACAAGGUGGUCGGCAUCCUGCUGAGGGCGAGGAAGCACGGCAUGGUGGACUUCGAGGGCGAGAUGCUGUGGCAGGGAAGGGACGACCACGUUGUCAUCACGUUGCUGCGAUAGCGGUGCAAUGAGUCGGUGGUGCCGGAGGAUGUCAAAACGACGCGUAUUGUUUGAAACGGGUGAUUUUUGUGUUGCUCUAAAAUCCAAAAAGUUGAAAGCCAUGAACAAAAGUUCGUGUUUUUUUUAUUUCAGUGUGAGAAAACACGCUUUGAGAUUCAUGUUUAAGGUGUCAUCUCGAAAUUGUACGCUUUUGCCGGAUGUGAAAUGUCGCCAAUUUUGUUACGUUUAUAUCUCAUUAAUGUUGUGCAAUGCUUUCCUCUCGUUUAAUGUAAUAUGGUUUCAUUUUUACCGUCAAAUUCUAUAGAUACAUAUCAUUCAAGUUUUAUUUCACCUUGCUUAUUUACAUAUGCAGAUAAUUUAUUGGUAUUUAUUAUGCAUGUAUGGCUGUGCCGAUGCCAUGUCAAAUGUUAUUUUAUGCAGCUUUAGGGAGAAAAAAAAAA